UAAGUGGCGUGGAGGGAACGGCGGCUCCGGCGCUAUGGGCUCGUCCUCGCUGGGGGGACUCCGGUUGCUGGUGGCUUUCUACUGCCUGGUUGUCCACGGAGCAAGGGAAAAGUGUGAAGUCUCUCAGUUCCAGUGUAGUAAUGGUCGCUGUAUUACUCUGUUAUGGAAGUGUGAUGGAGACGAAGAUUGUUCUGAUGGGAGUGAUGAAAGCUCUUGUGUGAAGAAGACCUGCGCUGAGUCUGACUUUGUCUGCAACAAUGGUCAAUGUGUACCGAACAGGUGGCAGUGUGAUGGGGACCCAGAUUGUGAAGACGGUUCGGACGAGAGCCCAGAACAAUGCCAUAUGAGAACGUGCCGAAUUAACGAAAUUAGCUGUGGUGCUGGCUCCACUCAGUGUAUCCCUGUGUCCUGGAAGUGUGAUGGUGAGAGUGACUGUGACAGUGAAGAAGAUGAAGAAAACUGUGGUAAUAUAACUUGUAGCACAGAAGAAUUCACCUGCUUCAGUGGGCACUGCAUCUCCAAGAAUUUUGUGUGCAAUGGCCACGAAGACUGUAGCGACGGCAGUGAUGAACUGGACUGUGCUCCCCCGACCUGCGGUGCCCACGAGUUUCAGUGCAGCACCUCCUCCUGCAUCCCCUCCAGCUGGGUGUGCGACAACGAUGCCGACUGCUCUGACCAGUCGGACGAAUCCCUUGAGCGCUGUGGCCGCCAGCCCGCCCCGCACGCGAAAUGCCCAUCUAGCGAGAUCCAGUGUGACUCGGGGGAGUGUAUCCACAAGAAAUGGCGCUGUGAUGGGGACUCUGACUGCAAGGAUGGAAGCGAUGAGAUAAACUGCCCUUCUCUCACUUGCCGACCCGACCAGUUCAAGUGUGAAGAUGGUAACUGCAUCCAUGGCAGCAGGCAAUGUAAUGGCGUGCGAGACUGUGUAGAUGGAUCCGACGAAGUCAACUGCAAAAACGCCAAUCAGUGUUCAGGACCUGGAAAAUUCAAGUGCAGAAGUGGAGAGUGUAUAGAUAUAAGCAAAGUAUGUAACCAGCAGCAAGAUUGCAAGGACUGGAGUGAUGAACCCCUGAAAGAAUGCAAUGUAAACGAAUGCUUGCUUAACAAUGGUGGAUGUUCACAUAUCUGCAAAGACCUAGUUAUAGGUUACGAAUGUGACUGUGCAGCGGGGUUUGAACUGAUAGAUAGGAAGACAUGUGGAGAUAUUGAUGAGUGCCAAAACCCUGGAAUCUGCAGUCAAAUUUGUAUCAACUUAAAAGGUGGCUACAAGUGUGAAUGUAGUCGUGGCUAUCAAAUGGAUCUUGCUACUGGAGUGUGCAAGGCCAUAGGAAAAGAGCCAAGCCUAAUCUUCACUAAUCGAAGGGACAUCAGGAAGAUUGGCCUAGAAAGGAAAGAGUACAUCCAACUGGUAGAACAGCUAAGAAAUACUGUAGCUCUGGAUGCUGACAUAACUGCCCAGAAACUAUUUUGGGCUGACCUAAGCCAAAAGGCCAUCUUCAGUGCCUCAAUUGAUGCCCGGGACAAAGUUGGUAGACAUGUUAAAAUGAUCGACAAUGUCUAUAAUCCUGCAGCCAUUGCUGUUGAUUGGAUCUACAAGAACAUCUACUGGACUGAUGUGGCUUCCAAGACCAUUUCAGUGGCUAGCCUAGAUGGAACCAAGCGGAAGAUCCUAAUUAAUUCUGACUUGCGGGAGCCAACUUCCAUAGCGGUGGACCCGCUCUCUGGCUUUGCUUACUGGUCCGACUGGGGAGAACCAGCCAAGAUAGAAAAAGCAGGAAUGAAUGGAUUUGACAGACGACAACUGGUGACAACAGACAUCCAGUGGCCCAACGGAAUUACACUUGACCUUGUAAAAAGCCGCCUCUAUUGGCUCGAUUCUAAGUUACAUAUGCUAUCCAGUGUGGAUUUGAAUGGCCAGGAUCGACGAAUUGUACUCAAGUCGCUGGAAUUCCUUGCUCAUCCUCUUGCUGUCACUAUAUUUGAGGAUCGUGUCUAUUGGAUCGAUGGGGAGAAUGAAGCUGUUUAUGGUGCAAACAAAUUCACUGGAUCGGAACUAGCUACUCUGGUGAACAACCUUAAUGAUGCACAGGACAUUAUUGUUUACCAUGAACUAGUACAGCCAUCAGGUAAAAAUUGGUGUGAUGAAGAUACCCCGAAUGGAGGCUGUGAGUAUCUGUGUCUACCAGCUCCUCAGAUAAAUGAUCACUCUCCAAAGUAUACCUGCUCUUGUCCCAGUGGGUAUAACCUCGAAGAUGGCGGCCAAGGAUGCAGAAGUACUGCAACUGUGGUUUAUGAAACACGAGAUACCAGCACCACAGAAAAAUCACCAACUGUUGGACUAAUUGCUGGAGGAGCCAACGUCACUACUACGGUAUCAGAAGUCAGUGCGUCUCCAAAGGGAACUUCAGCAGUGUGGGCUGUGAUUCCUGUGUUGCUGUUGACAAUAGCAGCAGCAGGUGGCUACUUCAUGUGGAGGAACUGGCAGCACAAGAACAUGAAAAGCAUGAAUUUCGAUAAUCCCGUUUACUUGAAAACCACUGAAGAAGACCUCACGAUUGAUAUUGGCAGGCACAGCUCUUCCGUUGGACACACUUAUCCAGCGAUAUCAGUCGUGAGCACAGAUGACGAUCUGGCCUGAUGCCUCUGCCACAACCUGUUCCCGUCUACACUUAAGUUUUGAAGAUUUUUUUUAUGGUAACCAAGCUAGUGGCUGAAUAAGACUUUCUUCCUCAAUUCUAGAAGAAGAACCUGAAGAUGUGUGGAGCAAGUCCACAUACCUUUUUUUAUCCUACUUCUGUCCACAGUGUAGUUCAGCUUCAGAUGAGGUUACCAACUACUGUAACCCUCAAAUUUUUAGUCAGUAUUGCCAUCACUGGCCAAAUAUGCACUUUCCAUAGAAAGCCAUAUUCCAGCAAUGAAAACUUGUGCUAUAGUCUACCACCUGUACAUAACUUGUAUAGGCCAUCUGUAAAUAUCCCUAGAACAAUCACUAUUCUUAAGCACUUUGAAAAUAUUUCUAUGUAAAUUAUUGUAAACUUUUUUCAAUGGUUGGGGCAAUAGGAGCAAACGGGUUACUAAGAUGAAAUUGCCAAAAAAAAAUUUGUAAACGAGUAAUUUUUGUAUGUGUGAAUGAGAACAAAUCUUUGUGACACUUAUGGAGGUAUGCAGAGUGUGUGUUCAGUAAAACACUGUACGACUUUUUCCAAGUGCUAAAAUUAAACCAAGCAGC